UCUUGAGAUGACGUCACAAUACCCGGCCGAUAUCGAUUCCGGCGCCGCAGACUCCGUCACGUUGUCACCAAGAUCGGACAACCCGCCGCCGCCGCCGCCGCCGCCUUCUUCACAGAGGCAACAUGAGGAGCUGCAUCCACGUGUCCGUUUCAUGUGCAGUUUUGGCGGUCGGAUCCUGCCACGUCCUCAUGACAACCAGCUCCGAUACGUCGGAGGGGACACGCGAAUCGUCGCCGUCAGUCGUUCCUCCAAGUUCUCAGCACUCCUCGUCAAGCUGUCGAAAUUCUCCGGCAACACCGACUUCACAAUCAAAUACCAGCUCCCCAACGAAGACCUUGACGCCUUGAUUACCGUCUCCACCGACGAAGACGUCGAGAACAUGAUGGAAGAGUACGACCGCCUAACCCACGGCUCCAACUCCAAAACUGCUCGCCUUCGCCUCUUCCUCUUCCCCAUCAACGUCUCCAGCUCCAGCAGCCUUAGCUCCAUCAUCGACGGUCAAUCUAAGCGCGUUCGCGAGCAAUGGUUCUUCGACGCAAUCAACGGCGCUGUAGGCGUUGUAUCCACCACGCCCUCUUUGGAGCGCGGCCGCUCCGAAGUCUCCUCUAUCCUCUCCGAAGUCCCUGAUUACCUCUUUGGCUUUGAUAACUCAGACGAGUCGCGCGACCCCAAAUCGAAAGCAAAUGUAUCCGUUUCCGAUCCUAGUUCGCCGGCCCGGGUGCCUUCUCCUCCCUACAGCUCAACCUCAUUGGUCAAGACAAAAAUAGAGGACCCAAUUCCUGUAGAGGAAUCAAAGGAAAGCCAGAUCGAUGGUUUCAAGGAGACUGGGGAACAAACGAUUUCACGUCAAAUCGGAUACACAGAUAACACUACGUGGCAGCACUUUCCGGCAAGUCACUUUCCUGGUCCGGCAAUCCAACCGGUACCUGUCUACUACGUGCUCGGUCCGGUUCCGCUUGGUAAAGUCCCCGCUGCAGUAGUUCCGGUGUCGGCAACUUACAUUCAGAGAUUCCCAGUGGGGUUCCACCAUACAGUUCAAGGUGUGGGUCAGGUGUAUGGUGUGAAGGCGGUUACGGCUGUGGAAGCUUAUAAUUAUCCACCAGCACCAACUGGAGUGAUACCGGAAGUGUUGAACCAGCAGGCGUACUACACGGAGAGAAAUCCAAGAGUGAUUCCGUCUUACCCUGCUGCUGCUGUGGUGGUUCCAUCUGUGCCCGACUUGCAGGCGACUACUUCUGAGACAAUGACUGGCCGCGUUUCUCAGCCUCAAUGAUAUUUACAGAUUUUGGUCUCCACUAUUGUGAGCGUUCGG